AUGGCUUGGACUAGAUCCACUUGCAUUCUCUUUUUUACCUUGUUUUUUGCCCACAUAGCAGCUGUACCGAUUAAGUAUCUUCCUAAAGAAAAUGUACAUGACGCAGAUUUUGGUGAACAGAAGGAUAUUUCAGAAAUCAAUUUAGCUGCAGGCUUGGACCUCUUUCAAGGGGACAUCCUCUUGCGGAAAUCCAGAAAUGGCCUGAGAGACCCAAACACCAGGUGGACGUUCCCCAUUCCUUACAUCUUGGCCGAUAAUUUGGAGCUGAAUGCUAAAGGAGCCAUUCUGUAUGCCUUCGAGAUGUUCCGCCUCAAGUCCUGUGUGGAUUUCAAGCCCUAUGAAGGAGAGAGCUCAUAUAUCAUAUUUCAACAGUUUGAUGGGUGCUGGUCUGAGGUUGGUGACCAACACGUGGGACAGAACCUUUCCAUUGGCCAAGGAUGUGCCUAUAAGGCCAUCAUAGAACACGAGAUCCUGCAUGCUUUGGGAUUUUACCACGAGCAGUCAAGGACGGACCGGGAUGAUUAUGUGAACAUCUGGUGGGACCAGAUUCUUUCAGGUUACCAGCACAACUUUGACACCUAUGAUGAUAGCUUAAUCACAGACCUCAAUACACCCUAUGAUUAUGAGUCUGUGAUGCACUACCAGCCUUUCUCAUUUAACAAGAAUGCAAGUGUUCCCACCAUCACAGCCAAGAUCCCUGAGUUUAACUCCGUUAUCGGACAGCGCCUGGAUUUCAGUGCCAUUGAUUUAGAGAGGCUGAACCGAAUGUACAAUUGCACCACAACUCACACUCUUUUGGACCACUGUACUUUUGAGAAGGCAAACAUCUGUGGAAUGAUUCAGGGCACCAGAGAUGACACUGACUGGGUCCAUCAGGACACUGCUCAAGCUGGAGAAGUGGAUCACACCUUGUUGGGACAAUGCACAGGUGCCGGCUACUUCAUGCAGUUCAGCACCAGCUCGGGGUCCGCGGAAGAGGCAGCCCUACUGGAGUCUCGGAUUCUUUACCCGAAGAGGAAGCAGCAGUGCCUGCAGUUUUUCUAUAAAAUGACAGGAAGUCCCUCAGACAGACUCGUUGUCUGGGUCAGGAGGGAUGACAGCACAGGCAAUGUUCGCAAGCUGGUGAAGGUGCAGACUUUUCAAGGAGAUGAUGACCAUAACUGGAAAAUUGCCCAUGUGGUGCUCAAAGAGGAACAGAAGUUUCGCUACCUUUUCCAGGGCACAAAAGGCGAUCCUCAGAACUCAACUGGGGGAAUUUACCUGGAUGACAUCACUCUGACAGAAACCCCCUGCCCCACAGGGGUCUGGACAGUGCGGAAUUUCUCCCAAGUCCUUGAGAACACCAGUGAAGGGGACAGGCUUCAGAGCCCUCGAUUCUAUAAUUCAGAGGGAUAUGGUUUUGGGUUAACUUUAUACCCAAAUGGCAGAGAAAGCUCUGGCUACUUGAGACUUGCUUUUCACGUGUGCAGUGGGGAGAACGAUGCUAUCCUGGAGUGGCCGGUAGAAAACAGACAGGUGAUAAUUACCAUCCUCGACCAGGAGCCUGAUGUCCGGAACAGGAUGUCCUCAAGCAUGGUGUUCACCACCUCGAAGUUGCACACAUCUGCAGUGAUAAAUGACACCUGCAUCUGGGACAGGCCGUCCAGGGUGGGAACCUACCAUACGGACUGUAAUUGUUUUAGAAGCAUCGACAUGGGCUGGAGUGGUUUCAUCUCCCACCAAAUGCUGAAAAGGAGGAGUUUCCUGAAAAAUGAUGACCUCAUCAUGUUUGUGGACUUUGAAGAUAUCACCCACCUCAGCCAGACUGAAGUUCCCACUAAAGGCAAAAGACUGAGCCCCCAAGGCCUCAUUCUUCAAGGCCAGGAGCAGCAGGUCUCCGAAGAAGGUUCGGGAAAGGCCGUGUUAGAGGAAGCCCUGCCUGUCAGCCUGAGCCAGGGGCAGCCCAGCCGACAGAAGCGGUCAGUGGAGAACACAGGCCCCCUGGAGGACCAUAACUGGCCACAGUACUUCAGAGACCCAUGUGACCCAAACCCUUGCCAAAAUGACGGCAUCUGUGUGAACGUGAAGGGGAUGGCGAGCUGCAGGUGCAUCUCUGGACACGCUUUCUUCUACACGGGGGAGCGCUGUCAGGCCAUGCAGGUGCACGGCAGCGUCCUGGGCAUGGUGAUCGGAGGCACGGCUGGCAUGAUCUUCUUGACCUUCUCCAUCAUCGCCAUCCUUUCCCAAAGGCCAAGGAAGUGA